AUGUACGCCGCCCUGAUGGACGUGGGGCAGACGUUGGCAGCCAGACUAGCGGAUGGCGAAGUCAACGGUGCCAACGACAGCGAACUCCUGGCAACGGGACACGGUCUGGAGCAGGAGGGUCCGGCACAGGGGAUGGCCCACAACGCCAGCGCCGACGGCGGAAUAAUACCGUAUGUGCCUGUGCUGGACCGCCCGGAGACUUACAUUGUCACCGUGCUGUACACGCUUAUCUUCAUUGUGGGAGUUUUGGGCAACGGCACGCUGGUCAUCAUCUUCUUUCGCCACCGCUCCAUGCGCAACAUACCCAACACAUACAUUCUCUCACUGGCCCUAGCUGAUCUGUUGGUUAUAUUGGUUUGUGUGCCCGUGGCCACGAUUGUCUACACGCAGGAAAGCUGGCCCUUUGAGCGGAACAUGUGCCGCAUCAGCGAGUUCUUCAAGGACAUAUCAAUCGGGGUAUCCGUGUUUACACUGACCGCCCUUUCCGGCGAGCGGUACUGCGCCAUCGUAAAUCCCCUACGCAAGCUUCAGACCAAGCCGCUCACUGUAUUUACAGCUGUGAUGAUCUGGAUCCUGGCCAUCUUACUGGGCAUGCCUUCGGUUCUGUUCUCGGACAUCAAGUCGUACCCUGUUUUCACAGCCACCGGUAACAUGACCAUUGAAGUGUGCUCCCCAUUUCGCGACCCGGAGUAUGCAAAGUUCAUGGUGGCGGGCAAGGCACUGGUGUAUUACCUGUUGCCGCUGUCCAUCAUCGGAGCUCUCUACAUCAUGAUGGCCAAGCGGCUCCAUAUGAGCGCCCGCAACAUGCCCGGCGAGCAGCAGAGCAUGCAGAGCCGCACCCAGGCGAGAGCCCGUCUUCAUGUGGCGCGCAUGGUGGUAGCAUUCGUGGUGGUGUUCUUUAUUUGCUUCUUCCCGUACCACGUGUUCGAGCUGUGGUACCACUUCUACCCAACGGCAGAGGAGGACUUCGAUGAGUUCUGGAACGUGCUGCGCAUCGUUGGAUUCUGCACGAGCUUCCUCAACUCGUGCGUCAACCCUGUGGCCCUCUACUGUGUGUCCGGGGUGUUUCGGCAGCACUUUAAUCGCUACCUCUGCUGCAUCUGCGUCAAACGGCAGCCGCACCUGCGGCAGCACUCAACGGCCACUGGAAUGAUGGACAAUACCAGUGUGAUGUCCAUGCGCCGCUCGACCUACGUGGGGGGAACCGCUGGCAAUCUGCGGGCCUCGCUGCACAGGAACAGCAAUCACGGAGUCUGUGGCGCUGGAGGAGGAGAAGGAGGAGGGUCAGGUCGUGUGGACAGUUUUCAUCGGCAGGACUCGAUGCCCCUGCAGCACGGAAAUGCCCACGGAGCUGGUGCGAGCGGGGGAUCCUCCGGACUUGGUACCGCCGGGAGGACGGCGUCUGUGAGCGAAAAGAGCUUUAUAAAUCGUUACUAA